AUGGAAAGGAAUCUUAAGAAUGUUUUGGUUAUUUCUUUCGGAUUUUUAUUUCUCUUCACUGCUUAUGGAGGACUCCAGAGUCUACAGAGCAGUCUCCACUCAGAAGAAGGCCUGGGCGUUGCUUCCCUAAGUGUUCUCUAUGCUGCGCUCAUCUUAUCGUCCAUGUUCCUCCCUCCAGUCCUCAUCAAGAAGCUGGGCUGCAAGUGGACCAUCGCAAGCUCUAUGUGCUGCUACAUCGCAUUCUCCUUAGGGAACUUCUAUGCUAGCUGGUACACACUAAUCCCUACCUCUGUGAUCCUGGGCUUAGGAGGAGCACCGCUCUGGUCUGCCAAAUGCACUUACCUCACCAUUGCUGGCAAUUCUUAUGCUGAGAAAGCAGGAAAAAUUGGGAAAGACAUCAUCAACCAAUACUUUGGGGUCUUCUUUCUGAUAUUUCAGUCCUCUGGCAUCUGGGGAAAUCUUAUCUCAUCCUUGAUACUCAGCCAAGCUUCCAACAAAGUGGAAAUCUCAGAAGAAAACCUGACAUGCUGUGGAGCGUAUGACUGUGUGACCAAUGCCACUGGCACCACUGGAUCAGCAGCAGAACCCUCCAAAUCCUUAAUUUACACUCUGCUGGGGAUAUACACUGCUAGUGGUGUGCUAGCUGUGUUGCUGAUUGUUGUAUUUCUGGACCAGAUCAAAUCUGACCAAGCAGAGACUGAGAAAGAAAUACUAGAGACGCCAACCUUUUGGUCUACGUUCCUAGCAACUUUCCAGCACCUUAAAGAUAAAAGACAGUGUCUUCUAAUCCCUCUGACAAUGUACAGUGGGUUUGAACAGGGAUUUCUUUCUGGUGACUACACAAAGACAUAUGUGACCUGUGCCCUGGGGAUACAUUAUGUUGGUUAUGUGAUGAUCUGCUUUUCAGCUGUAAAUUCCCUCUGCUCUCUGCUCUUUGGAAAGAUCUCUCAGUUCACGGGUAGAAAACUUCUAUUUGCAUUAGCCGCAGUUACAAACACCGCCUGUAUAAUAGCACUCCUGCUCUGGAAACCUCACCCUAAGCAGCUUGCUGUGUUUUUUGUAUUCCCUGCUCUUUGGGGCCUAUCGGAUGCCAUUUGGCAGACACAAACUAAUGGACUCUAUGGCAUUUUAUUUGAGAAACACAAGGAGGCUGCCUUUGCCAACUACCGUCUCUGGGAAUCACUUGGAUUUGUCAUUGCCUUUGGUUAUAGCACCAAACUGCAAGUCUACAUCAAACUGUACAUUUUAUUGUCCGUGCUGGUGUUGUCCAUGGUGAUGUAUGGAGUGGUUGAAUACCUCAAAGCUAAGAGCCCCCCUGUGACAAAAACUGAAAAUGUAGUACCCUUCACCCAGGAAACACACACGUAA